CUACUUUCUCUCUCGAAGAAUUAGAAUUAGAUCUUCAUUUCUCUCUGUUUCUCUCUCAAUGCCAUACUUUCCGGAGAAAAUCAGCCCCGAUUAGAUUUUCAUUUUCCCGAGUGGCAAACAUGUCCGACGCUCUGAUCAAUGGGCUAGCAGGAGCUGGAGGAGGGAUCAUUGCUCAGCUCAUCACCUACCCUCUUCAAACGGUAAACACUCGUCAACAAACCGAACGUGAUUCCAAGAAGGACAACAGGAAUCUAGGAACUUUUCAGCAGAUGUGCCAGGUUGUGAAACAAGAGGGGUGGGAGCGGUUGUAUGGAGGGUUGAUGCCAUCGCUAGUGGGUACAGCUACGUCUCAGGGUGUUUACUAUUAUUUCUAUCAAAUAUUCAGGAACAAAGCUGAAGCAGCUGCAUUAGAACAGAAAAGGCUAGGCAUCGGUGAUGGAUCAGUUGGGAUGAUCUCCUCACUUAUUGUUGCUGCUUUAUCUGGGUGUACUAAUGUUCUCUUGACAAAUCCCAUAUGGGUAGUCGUUACCCGCAUGCAGACACAUAGAAAAGAGUCAAGAAGAACUCUCCCUGAUAAGGGGUUGUCAGAUGCUACUGCACAAACAAUGCUUUCUCCCGUUGAGCCUCUUGCUUAUGGAACUAGUCAUGUGAUUCAAGAAGUCUAUGGUGAAGCUGGAGUUUGGGGUUUCUGGAAAGGUGUAUUACCAACAUUGAUUAUGGUAAGCAAUCCUUCCAUACAGUUCAUGCUGUAUGAAACCAUGUUGGCGAAGUUAAAAAAAAGACGUUUUCAGAGUAAGAAGGGUAGCAAUGCUGUAACUGCUUUGGAGAUAUUUCUUCUUGGAGCUUUGGCUAAGCUUGGAGCUACUGUGGUAACUUAUCCUCUUCUAGUUGUGAAGGCAAGGCUUCAGGCUAGGCAAGUUAAAAAUGCAGACAAGAGACACCAUUAUAAAGGCACAUGGGAUGCUAUUAUUAAGAUGAUCCGCUAUGAAGGGUUUUAUGGAUUUUACAAAGGCAUGAGCACUAAAAUCGUACAAAGUGUGCUGGCUGCUGCUGUUUUGUUCAUGGUGAAGGAAGAACUAGUUAAACAGAUGCGUUUCUUGCUCGCUAAGGAUGUUUACAACACUGUAAAGCCAAAGCCUCGGUGAUUGGAAAUCACUAAUUUUAGUUUUCCCGAUAUCGUGAUUUCAUGAACCAUCUUCGAUUGGCAUAUUCAUUCAAAUGAUAGGAAAUUGAUUAUGGAAUUGGAUAGCUUUAAACUUGAUAAACAGGAGAUUAAAAUAUAUAUAACUGUAUCUUGAUUAUUUUCUUCAGACUUGUCAUCAAUAGUUGCAAAUGGGAUCUUGUUGAGUACAUGCUCCUGCAAAUGGUGUCAUAGGUGGAGUCAGGGAGGUGCUAGGAGGAGCCCUCAAUUUCACCAAAACUUUGUCUUAGACUAUAAUUUUACUUAAAAGAAAGAUAGUGUAUCAUAUGUUU